AUGCCGCCUUGGGAGCGUUUCCGCGACCUGUGCCUCCAGCGGUUUGGGCCGACCCUCCGUGGCAGCCGCCUCGCCGAGCUGGGACGCCUCGCCUUCACCACCACGGUCCAGGACUUCGCCGACCGCUUUCAGGCGCUCGCGUGCCAUGCCCCGGGCGUCUCGGCACGCCAGCGCGCCGAUCUCUUCGUCGGCGGCCUCCCCGACUACAUCCGCGUCGACGUCGAGAUGCGCGAGCCGGCGGACCUGCAGACGGCCAUGUACUACGCACGAGCCUACGAGCAGCGCGCCCUCGCCAUGCAGCGAGUCUCACGCGCGCGCGUGGCAGCGCUCGUCCCGCGCCCCGCCCCGCUCCGACGCCCACCACCCCGCCACGCCCCUGCACCGGCCGCUGCGCCCGCAGGCCCUCCUGCGCCAACUCGCCCCUUCAAACGGCUGACGGCUGCGGAGCAGCUUGAGCGGCGCCGCCAGGGGCUGUGCUUCAACUGCGACGAGAAGUACGCGCGGGGCCACACGUGCGCCCGCCUCUUCUACUUGGAGACCGUCGACGACGCCGACGUUGAGGCCCUCACCGCCGAGCUCGCGGCCGCCACCGUCACUGAGGCCGGUGUCACGACCUAUGCGCCAGUCGACGCGUCCGCCUUCGUCGUGGGGAGCGUCUCACCUGCGCUGGUGGACACGGGCUCCACGCACAACUUCCCGUCCAACACCGCCAUGCGCCGCCUCGCUCUCCAGCGGCGGGAUCGGGAGAAGUACAGCGUCACCGUCGCCAACGGGGAUCGUCUUACGUGCCAGGGCAUGGCGCGACAGGUUCCCGUGCUCGUAGGCAACGAGCCGUUCUCCAUCGACUGCGUCGGCAUCGACUUGGGCUGCUACGACUUCAUCCUCGGCCUCGACUUCCUGAGCACCUUAGGCCCCAUCCUGUGGGACCUUGACGUGCUGUCCCUCAUCUUCUGGCGCGAGGGCGGCCGCCGUGUUCACUGGACGGGCGUGGGCAGCACUGGCACAUCCCCGCAGCUACACCCGAUGGCCGCCGCGCUAGACGAGGCGCAUCCGCUCCUCGGCCGCCCUACUGCAGCGAAGCACGGCGACCUCUUCGACGAGCCGCGGGGCCUCCCUCCCUCGCGACCCUGUGACCACCGCAUCCACCUGUCGCCGAACACGGCACCCGUAGGCCGUGCGGCCGUACCGGUACCCCAGCUGCAGAAGGACGAGCUCGAGCGCCAGGUGGCGGUCAUGCUAGCACAGGGCAUCAUACGGAUCUCGACAUCACCAUUCUGCGCCCCCGUGCUCCUGGUGCGCAAGACCGACGGCACGUGGCGUUUCUGCAUCGACUUCUGCGCCCUUAACACCGUCACGUCCAAGGACAAGUUCCCCAUCCCCGUCGUGGAUGAGCUCCUGGAUGAGCUGCAUGGCACGCGCUUUUUCACCAAGCUCGACUUGCGCUCGGGCUAUCAUCAAGUGCGCAUGCACCCGGACGACAUCGCCAAGACGGCGUUCCGCACUCACCAUGGCCACUACGAGUUUUUGGUGAUGCCGUUCGGCCUCUCCAAUGCGCCGGCGACCUUCCAGGCUCUGAUGAACGAUGUGCUCAGCCCCUACUUACGCCGCUUUGUGCUAGUUUUCUUUGAUGAUAUUUUGAUCUACAGCGCAUCCUGGGUGGAGCACCUGCAGCACGUGGCCAUCAUCUUCAACGAGAUUCGAGCGCAUCGUCUUCACCUCAAGUGCUCGAAGUGCUCGUUUGGCACGACCUCCGUCGCAUACUUGGGCCACGUCAUCUCCGCCGACGGUGUCGCGAUGGACGCGGACAAGGUCGCUGCCGUCGCCGCCUGGCCAACGCCCCAGUCGCCACGAGCUCUUCGCGGAUUUUUGGGCCUCGCCGGAUACUACCGGCGCUACAUCCAGGACUUCGGUCUCAUCGCCGCACCCCUCACGCGCUCGCUCGCCGCGACGCUUUCUCCUGGGACGAGGAGGCGGCCACGGCCUUCGCCGCCCUGCAGCGGGCACUCACGACGGGUCCCUCGCCCCUUCGCCGCGCGCCACCACAAGCUCGCCGCAUAUGAGCGCGAGCUGAUCGGGCUGGUCCAGGCAGUGCGCCACUGGCGGGCGUAUCUUUGGGGCCGGACAUUCCGUGUGCGCACGGACCACUACAGCCUGAAGUUCUUGCUGGAUCAGCGCCUUUCCACCGUGCCACAACACCAGUGGAUCAGCAAGCUCUUCGGCUUCGACUUCACCGUCGAGUACCGCCCCGGCCGCCUCAACACAGUCGCCGACGCCCUGUCCCGCCGAGACGUUGACGAUGCUGCGGACGCACCCACAGUCGGUGCAGCCCUCUGCAUCCACUCCGGGCCAUCUUUCGCCUUCAUCGACGAGGUUCGCCGCGCUAUCGCCACGGCUGCGGAUGCGCAGCAGCUGCGCCAGCGCCUGGCCGACGGCGAGCUGCCCGCGCCCUGGCGCCUGGACGAGGGACUACUCCUCCAUGGCCGCCGCAUUUUCGUGCCGGAUCAUGGAGACCUGCGCCACCAGGCCUUGUCCUUGGCGCAUUCUGCAGGUCACGAGGGCGCCCGGAAGACCCCGCACCGUCUCCGCACUGAUUUUUACAUUCCGAGGGAUGGCGCCCGGUGCGAGACUGGGUGCGGGCGUGUGUCACAUGCCAGCGGAACAAGACGGAGACGCUCCGUCCGGCAGGCUUGCUACAGCCAAUGGACGUGCCGUCCCAGGUGUGGGCGGACAUCUCGAUGGACUUCAUUGAUGUGA